AUGGAUAACGCAGACUUGGAAAAACUUGGUAUUUCACCUGGGAAAUUAACCCCUAAAUUCAACCCAAAUAUCACUGAAUAUACAGUUACGUUAGCUAGCGAUGUAGGCAAACUCAAAGUCGACCCAUUGACAAGUGACUGUGGCGCUAGCUACACAAUUUCGGGGGGAGGUGGUGGCAAAACUGUUGACCUAAAAGAAGGACAAGUCACUUCAAUCAAGGUCGAAGUAUGUGCUGAAGAUGGUAGUACUAUAAAGAACUACUUCAUACAUGCGACAAGGCUUUCAGCAAGCGAUGCAUCACUCACUGAUAUCAAGUACUCCACCGGCGAGAUAAACCCUCAGUUUGCUGCAAAUAUUCAAAACUAUUCUCUUUCUGUACCUUUCUCCUUAUCCUCAAUUGAAAUAACACCACUUGCAGCUGAUAAGAAAACUUCUCUCAAGUUAAAUGGUAUUGAGAAUUUGAAGGAAGAAGUUCAGUUGAAUUUUGGUGAGACAAAAGUUGAGAUAGAAGUUACUUCCCCAGAUAAAACAAAUUCUAAAAUUUACACUCUUAUAAUUUGCAAAGAGCAGCUUCUGAGGCCAGUGAGUUUUGUAGAUCAAAAGGUCAAAACUAAGAAUGAAUGYCCAGUAUGCUUGGGUGUUUUGUAUAGACCAAAAUCAAUAGCUGACAGUAAGUCUGGACAUCUGUUCUGCAAAUCAUGUAUUGACGAACUGACUCGCACCUCUAAAAUGGACCCUCUGGAUGACACGCCUUUGACGGGAGAAUGGAGGGCUGAUGAGUUUGAACAUGAAAAACAACAGUCUUUAGCAGAGGUGCAGUGUGUCUUUGCUCACUGGGGUUGUAGUGAGAGAUUCAAGUUGUGUGACCUUGGAAGUCAUGCAAUAAAGUGUGACUACCAACCRGUAAUGAUAGAGAAAUCUUCAGAAAUGGUUCCAGCCAAAGAGAGAGAGACAAAAGCUAAAGAYUGUUGCUCCCCUUGUCCUGACUGCACWAGGCCAGUGCGACCUAGUGACCUAGAAGCACAUAAAAYGUACAUGUGUACUAGUAAGGUUACGAGUACUGCUGUCAAGCAUAAAGUAGAGGUUAGAGCUUGGGAAAAGAAGCUACACCAAGAAACUGGUGAAAAAUCUGCUGAUAAAUUGGUUGUCACAGCUGAAAAGUUUGAGAAAGACUAUUUSAACAACCUUCCRARACAUGGCAAUGCAGGUCAUUAUAGUGGUGAAGUUUCACCACUACAGUUAUUGGAAAAUGCUGCCGAGUGGUAUGCCACAGCAAUCAAGCUCUCUCCAAAAAAUGCAAAAUYGCAUUUUGGACUUGCUCAGGUUCUUGAGGAACAGCACCUUGCACAAGACCUUUAUGGCCUCAAACCCCAGAAAAGUUCAGAUAUAGAAAUUGACUUCAAUGUCAAGUCAAAGGACAGUUCCAAAGAAGAUGAUAUUCAAGCUCUUUGUGAAAUGCGUGGUGUUGGUCGCAAUGCUCCUUUURGCAUGCAAUUGAAAGCCAUUGACGAAGAGUAUCAUUAUCUACUAGAGCAAGGACUGUCUGAUAAAGCUGAAUAUGUACAGCAGUUAUACGCAUUCAAAUCAAAGCAGUCUUUAAAGGCCAAUAAGACUGCAGAGCUUGCUAGCAAUGAGGAGGAACCUCUAGGCAAAGCCUACCACAAGUACAUGGAUGCACUGGCAUGCGGUGUUGAUAACUACUUAUACAGUCUUCAUGUUGGAAGAAUGCUCCUAUUGCAAGGAAAUUACAGUGAAGCUAGUCUUAGACUGAAUAUUGCUGUUGGUCUAAAACCUACCAACAUUGAGUCAAGGUUAUUGCUUGGUUUGGCUUUAACUCAACAGUCAUCUGGACCUGGAAAGAGGAAAGAUGAGGCCAUUAAGUACAUAUCUGAAGGGCUGGAGUACUUCCUUAGUAACAUUUCCUUUGAGAAUAAAAAUGAUGAGCUUACAUCAUCUAAUGUUAUCAAGUUAUCAAGUGUCCAGUGUUUACAAGCAUUUUUGGUUUUAGCUGAACAAGUAAAGAACAAUUCCUCUCUACCUCUUGGUGUAAUGUCUGCUAUAUCCCUGUAUCACUGUGCUGCUCUCCUUUCCACCAGAGUACUGUCUUACCUUGUUGCAAGAGGAGAUACCUAUCAUUCUGUACAAUGGAUUCUAUUUCAAGCUCACUCUUCAGUCCUUCAAAUGGCUCUUGAAUCUACAGACAAGACAACAACUGAUGAAAAACAGAUCACAUGCCGCUGUGAUAAUCUAUGUGCUUUGAUCAAAAACUCAUCUAUUCCACCAGGAAAACAGCUACUUGAACUGCAGGAAAAAACUUGCCAGCAAGCUGUCAUUCUCCAACCAACUAACAGCAGAUCACUGUACUUGCUUGGUGAUGCACAACUACGUUACUAUGACAAUGAMCCUGAYAACAAGGGUGUCCUGAAAGAAGCAGAGGACAGCUACCGUGUUAGUAUAGAACUUGAGGGUAAGUCGUCAGGAGGAAAGGUUGUGCCUGAUAGAAUCUGUGAACAAAAAUGGUUCAAGGAAAAGCARGCAAAGMUUGAAGCAGAAAAGAAAGCUAAAGAAGCUGCUUCAUCUCCGCCGAAAAUUGCAGCUGGAAGUAAUAAGGCUGGAGCUASCACUGGAAGRGGGGCUACCACUGGAAGAGGGGCUGCUACUAGAGGAGGUGCAGCRACAACUAGGGGUGGAGCAACAGGUGCCAGAGGACGCACUYCUGCAGCCACAGGACGUGGCAGYCCAAGUCCAAAGGGUCCUACUCCAGCUAAGCCAACAACAAGAGGCAAACCAUCACCAAGUAGAGGAGCAUCAACUACUGCAAGAGGUGGAAGCUCUAAGCCUUCAGUUUCACCAACCAAGUCUCCUUCGUCACACAAAGCAUGUGCCGCUGCAACAUCCAAACCACAACAAGCACCACAACCCCCACAAAAGAAAGAUACAAAUAAUAACCAAUCAGAAGCCACCAUAGAAACACCAACUGGUCCACCUAACAAACCUGCAUUUCAGCCUAGACUAGGCCUUGCUAGAGUUCUUGUAAGAAAAGGUGCUGCUAUGGAAGAGAUUCAAAAACUGUAUGAAGAGGUCAUUACCAUGGCACCUGAUGUYCAYGACGCUUAUAUUGAACUUGCUGAUUCAUUGGUUAAAAAUGAGCCAAUGAAAKCUGUUGAAAUUUACAGUAGAUAYCCGUUUAAACCUGAUUUAAACUUUGAUGAUGCAUACAUCCAUGGAGAGAUAGUAAGAUUGAUAAUGAAGGAAGGGAAAUAUGAUGAUAGUCGYCUUGGCCCCAGUAUGAUAGCACURGGGAAAAUCAUGGGUCUYACKGUCAUUGAGAAGUAUGUUGAAGCAUUGGACAAGACAUUCAAAUACAGUAAACUACUUUGUCAGRUUUAUGCUGGUGUUCAUGGCAAGGAUGUAGAAGAUCCUGAUYUGCAGCAGUUUUUCAAGUUUAAAUGUUGGAUUUAGAGCUCUGGAUGAAGUGUUAAGAUUAAGUGCUAUGGCAAGUUUAUGCCAUAACUAUCCUUUCAUAACAAUAGAUUUUCAUGAAGAUAGUCAGCCUAUCAAAAGUCUUUAUUUCAAAGACUAAUAAUGAAAGACAGAUUAGUACCAUUGCCAUGAGGUACAGUGUAUUCAUUGUAGGCUUUUUUCAUGGCACUGCUCUGUGCCUUUUAUUUGGUAAGGCAAUUUGUUGUAUUUCUAGUGUACAGAAACGACUAUUCUAACUUAUUGACUUAAAUGUGUUGACUUCUAACUUAUUAACUUGCAUGAGUCGUGUGUGGUUUGUAAUAAAGUAGUGUUAUAACGUUCAGUGAGAUUGAUGUUAUUUGAUAAUGUAAAUGGCAUUUAGUUGCUGUUUACACUUGUCUUUGUACAGUAUUUUCAUGUUUCAGCACUCUCAGAAUGGCCAAGAAUAAUGAACAGUU